CCUCCACUUCAUUGCGCCUGCAGGGAACGGUCCGUUCGCCCGUUUGACGUUCCAAGCACCGGGGAAUAUUUCUUACUAGAAUCCUUCCCUUUCGUCGCCGCAUCUGCAUAUACUUUAGCUUGCCGCCCUUAGAUUUUUCUUUUCUUUGUCGACCUUUACGCUUUCCUUCCCCCCUCACAAUGGCCGACACGACCCAGGCUCCUAUCAACGGUGGCUACCCUGCGCAACAUGCGUACCCCGACUCCUACAACCAUGCUUCCGUGAACAGUGCGGCCAGCUUCCAGCCCGCGCCGUCGUCCACUCCCUCGAACGCCCCGUCAAAUGACCAGAAGAACGGCAUCUCCAAAGAUGAGGUCGGCUGGUACUUUGUUGAGCAGUACUAUACCAACAUGAGCCGUAGCCCUGAGAAAUUGAACCUGUUCUACUCUCGGCGCUCUCAGCUUGUUUUCGGCACUGAGGCCGAAUCCGUACAGGUGGCAGUGGGUCAGAAGGCUAUAAAUGACAAGAUCAAGCAGCUGGACUUCCAGGACUGCAAGGUUCGCGUCCUGAACGUCGACUCGCAGGCUUCGUUCGACAACAUCUUGAUCUCGGUCAUCGGCGAGAUCUCCAACCGAUCGGAGCCGUCUCGUAAGUUUGUGCAGACCUUUGUCUUGGCGGAGCAGCCCAACGGGUACUACGUUCUUAAUGACAUCUUCCGCUAUCUUGCCGACGAGGAGGAGGAGAUUGAGACCGAGGAAGCUGCCCCGGCUCCCGCCCCUGCUGCUCCGGCCGACGCGUCGGUUCCGGAGGUGCCUGCACAGCCCGAGGCUGAGACUGCCCCCGAAGCUGUCGAGACCCAGGUAGACAGUGAGCCUGCUGUCGCCCAGGUCGACGAGAAGCUUGAGGAGGCCGAGAAAGGCGCUGAAGAAGUGCCGGCCACGGAGUCUGCUCCCCAGACCAAUGGUGACAGUGUACAGGAAGCUCCUGCCGAGGCUGCUCCCGAAGCCGCUGCCCCGGCUGAAAGCGAUGAUCUCAAGGUCGAGGAGCCUGCUGCUCCCGAGCCCACUCCUGUCCCCGAGCAGAAGGAAGCCCCUGCUCCGGCCAAGGAGAGCGCUCCCGCAAGGGCGGUUCCGAAGACAUGGGCUACCAUCGCUUCCAAGUCUGGUGCCACCGUACCCGUUGUUCCCGCCCUCCCCGUUACUCCCGUGAAGCCCACUGCUCCCGCUGCUCCCGCUCCCGUUGCCAGCUCUACUCAGUCGACCGCCACCCCUCCCCCUGUCACUACUGAAUCCGUGCCCAGCCAGCCUCCCUCGAAUGAUGGCUCUGGAUGGCAGACUGCCGGCCACGAACACAAGAAGACCCAGUCCCGGGCCGGUGAAGAGCAGAACGUUCUCGGCUACAUCAAGAAUGUUACCGAGAAGGUCGAUGCUGUCUUGCUAAAGCAGACCUUGUCUCGCUUCGGAAAGCUCAAGCACUUCGACGUGAGCCGUCAGAAGAACUGUGCGUUUGUCGAAUACGGUGAUGCCGCUGCCUAUAACGCUGCCGUUGCCGCCAACCCCCACCAGAUCGGAACCGAGCAGAUCUACGUUGAAGAGCGCCGUCCUCGUGCCAAUGCCUUCGGUAAUGGCAACUAUGGUGCGGGCCGCGGUGGCGCUGGCCGUGGUCGUGGAGACCGUGCUGGCAGCCAGGGCCGGGGAGGCUUCCAGCGUGAGGGACGCGGAGGCUUCGCUCCCCGUGGCCGUGGGGGCAAUGUCAACGCCAAGGGUCGCAACCAGACUCAGACUGCUUAAACUCAACGACAAUGCAUUUGACGUCUAACGAAGAAUGAAGAGAGACUGGAAGCGGAGGUCGACCAACAGACCGUUGUCCUUCGCCUGUCUCUCAGCCCCCCUUCUUUUUUCUAAUAAGGUCAUAUAUGAUACUUAGCCCUUCAUCCUGGCUUGAGACGGUGAGACGGUAUACGGGUUUAGAUGCUCACGGCGAUCCAGGACAUGUAUUACUCUGUCCCUUCCAUUUUUUUCUCCCCCCUCCCCCCCUACCCCCUUCCCAUUUACUGAUAAUGACAUGUGUUAUGUGACCCUGCUCUGUCACACUGCAUAUUAGCGGUU